UGUGUUUGACACUCCUAAGCAAUUCCUGUCAGGAAAUGCAGGAGCAAGUGAGAAAGAAGUUAUAUAAUAGUGGGCGCAUUUCUGUCUGCAUACAAGCAGGCGUUUUGUGUAAAGAUGUCCCGUCAACAUUUCAGGUUAUGUUGCUGCUUGCUCGGGUUCACACAGAGGCCAGCAGAGGCACCAGAGCACGUUAGGCACGUUUUUGCAGAAUACUCCGAGGAUGGCAUCAUGAGCAUCGACAACUUGCUCAGGUUCUUGAGGGAGUUUCAGAAGGAGGCCUAUGCAACGGGGGAGACAGCCCAAGAAAUCAUUUAUAGCGUCAAGCGUCUCAACCUUAAACAACCUAAGGGCUUGGUCGUCGAGGAGUUUUUUCACUAUCUCCUGAGUGAUCUCAACACUGCCCUUAAUACAGAGGUUCACCAUGACAUGACUGCUCCCUUGGCUCAUUACUAUAUAUUCACUGGACAUAACUCUUAUCUUACUGGAAAUCAACUCAGCAGUAAAAGCAGCGUCGUCCCAAUAGUAAAGGCACUGCAGAAAGGCGUUAGAGUGAUUGAAUUGGACCUAUGGCCGAAUUCAAGAAAAGACGAUGUUGAUGUCUGUCAUGGCGGGACCUUGACAUCUCCGGUUAAACUAAUAAAGUGUUUGAAGGCCAUCAAGAGCAAUGCAUUUGUUGCUUCGAAAUAUCCUCUUAUAAUAACGUUUGAAGAUCACCUUACUCCCGCUCUUCAAGCUAAAGUUGCAGGGAUGGUGAAAAGAACUUUCGGAGACAUGCUGUUUUGCCCGGAAUCAGAGAUGUAUGAGUUUCCUUCACCAGAAUCUCUGAAGGAAAGAAUUAUGAUUUCAACGAAGCCUCCAAAGGAAUAUGCAGAACACGGGAGAGCAAAUAAUGAACGAUUUCCCAGACCUUCUAAAGAUGAAGCUCCAUUCAGUCACGGGGCUCAAGCAGAUUCAGAGGAGGAAGGUGUUGAUGACGAUGAAGAUGGGGCGAGUGAGAUUCCUGAAUACAAAAGUUUGAUUGCAAUCCAUGCUGGUAAGCUGAAGGGCAGUAUCAGAAAUUUGCCCAGCCACGAUGGCAAAGUUACUCGUCUCAGCAUGAGUGAAGAAACACUCGAACUUGCUACUAAGAAACACGGGAAGGAACUUAUCCAGUUCACACAACGCAACUUGCUGAGAGUGUUUCCCAAGGGCACACGCAUUACCUCAUCGAACUAUAAUCCUUUCGUUGGAUGGAUGCACGGAGCUCAGAUGGUUGCAUUUAACAUGCAGGGAUAUGCAAAGUAUCUGUGGAUUAUGCAAGGGAUGUUCAGGGCUAAUGGCUGCUGUGGUUAUGUGAAAAAACCGAGUUUUCUGUUAAAUGAUGGGUACUAUGAUGAAGUUUUUGAUCCUUUGGCCUUGCCAGUAAAAACAACUUUGAAGGUUAACAUAUAUAUGGGAGAGGGGUGGCGCCAAGACUUCCAUUUCAGACAUUUCGAUUAUCUUUCACCCCCCGACUUCUAUGUCAAGAUCAGCAUUGUAGGAGUGGCUUCUGAUCAUACAGAAUCGGAGAGAACUCAAGUGGUAGAAGAUCAAUGGAUACCAUCGUGGAAUGGCGAGGAGUUUGUGUUCCCGCUACGCGUGCCUGAGCUGGCACUGCUUCGGGUUGAGGUUAAAGAUUAUGACCCAACAGGAGAGAAUGAAUUUGGAGGUCAGACAUGCCUGCCAGUAUCAGAGCUGAAAACCGGGUUUAGAUCUGUUCCACUGUAUGAUCAUAGAGGUGAUAAGUACAGAUCUGUCAAACUCCUUAUGGGUUUCGAGUUUAUUUGAUAAUUGAUAUGUUAUCUUGAUUGUUGUCCCCAUUAAACCACAGAGAUCCAGCUGUUUCAUGGUUAUUUUAUGGUACUUGAAUCUUAGUUUUUCACAAGAAAAAAGAUUCUGAUCACAUGCACCAACAAGUCAACAACCACCUUAAAUCUUGUCUGAUAUGUUUUUUCUGCUACAAGGUUUUGACAAUUGGCUUAUCA